AUGGUCCUCAGGCAACUUGAACCCACACAGGCUGGCAACGGUGUUGGCAACAAGACGACCACGGAGAAGUCGGCAGUUCUACACCGAGACCUUGGCUAUGACUUCCUUCCAUUGACGGGAGGAAGCGGCAGCCACCUUGUACUCGGAAAUGGACGUAAAGUCUUCGACGCCUCGGGGGGUGCUGCAGUUGGCUGUAUCGGCUGGGGUAACGAGCGAGUUGCCCGGGCUGUCACGAGGCAGAUUCUGGCGAUCCCCUACUGCUCGACCAUAUUCUACACGACAAAGGUGCAGGAGGACCUUUGCCGCUAUCUGGUUGACUCGACCAGCGGUAACAUGAGCCGUGCCUAUAUCGUCAAUUCGGGUUCCGAGGCGAUGGAGGCAGCAGUCAAACUCGCACGGCAGUAUUUCCUUGAGCUUAGCCCAGCCGAAGACAAGAGGACCCGCUUCAUCUCCAGAAGGCAGUCAUACCACGGCAUAACCCUUGGCGCAUUGGCGGUUGGGGGCCACGAUUACCGACGGGCCAAGUUUGAGCCGCUCCUGAUGAAGAACGUCUCCAGAGUGUCUCCAUGCAACAGCUUCCGUGGUAAAAGGGCUGGCGAGAUUGAUGAGGACUAUGUUGCCCGACUAGCCAAGGAGCUAGACGAUGAGUUUCAGGCUGUCGGUCCGGACACAGUCUGUGCUUUCAUCGCCGAGCCCAUUGUAGGCGCGGCGCUUGGAUGUGUGCCUUCGGUCCCCGGGUAUUUCAAAGCAGUGCAAGCUGUCUGCCGAAAAUAUGGCGCUCUGCUGAUUUUCGACGAGGUCAUGUGCGGCAUGGGACGGACGGGCACGCUGCAUGCGUGGGAGCAAGAAGGGGUCGUCCCAGAUAUCCAGACCAUCGGCAAGGGCCUCGGUGGUGGUUAUCAACCGGUCGCGGGAGUUUUGGCCAGUCGACGCGUGGUGGACGUGCUAGAGAGGGGCAGCUCCGUUUUCGUUCACGGUCACACGUAUCAAGGACAUCCCGCUGGCUGCGCUGCAGCGCUCGAAGUCCAGAAGAUCAUCCGGGAGCAGAAUCUCUUAGCCAACGUCCAGGCCAUGGGCGCGCUGCUCUCCCGGCGGUUGCAAGAAAGACUUGGAGACCAUCCAAAUGUUGGCAACAUUCGGGGACGAGGACUUUUCUGGGGUAUUGAAUUCGUUGCCGACAAGCAAACGAUGGAUCCCUUUCCUGUUGAUGACCACGUCGCGCUGGCCGUCUGCGAGCUCGGCUUAAGCGUUGAGUACGGCAUUAGCGUGUAUCCGGGAACUGGGUCGGCUGACGGCAUCCGGGGCGACCAUAUAAUCAUCUCGCCCGCGUUCAACGUGCGCAAGGACGAGAUUGAGUGGAUUGUCGAGACGGUUGGGCGCCUUGUUAAUGAUUUCUUUCAAGCUACAUGA